CUAAGCUUAGUGUCUAGGGGCUGAGUGUUCACUUCCACAUUCCAAGGGACAUCGAACACUGCCAUCGAAGGGCCGUUGUUCUAAUAAUUGGAACACGAUGCUUUCGGAGACUGCUGAAAUUAGAAAUGGCUCGUCUUGCCCGACGAGCAGAAAUGUUGAGAAAUUGUCUGCAGAUGGGAACGAGAAUCAAAAUCAGUUGAGAUUGCAGCAGAAGAGCAGGUUGAGGGUGAGGGUGAGGGUGAUGCACUCUUGUCGUGAUUAAUUCAACAACGCGGCGGGGAUUCCAAAAGGUUGUUGGAAAUUUAGCACCAGAUGCGUGCAAGGAGUUGUGUAUCGCUUUUGACUCGUUGCGCCUCUGGGGAUGGGGAUGGGGCUGGGGCUGGAUCUGCUCGGCCAACGUGGCCCUGCACUGCAAGUGAUGGGGGGCGAGAUUUGGCCACACUUUGGCUCGGGCUUGCGCAUUGACGAGAUUUGAUGUGCGCUGCUUCGGCAUUCAAUUCCGAAGAUGCUCAGGGCCCACAUGAACCCUGGCCACUUCGUCAAGAUGGACGACCAGAAUUCUCUCCUUGGCCCACUCUGCCCCACACCUUGCCACCCCCAUACAAGACGUAUCUAUGCCUGGGUCCAAACUUAUGGUACAGUACAGUCGAGGGGGAUCACUUAUGAUUGGGCCCAUGAGGGAAUCCGGGGUCGAUUAUGAUCGUGCCCCAUAGUCCCUCUAGGCCCAUGUGCCUAGAGGCCUUGUGCUAAGUGUUCACCGGGCAUGGGCAUUGAGUCCACGAGAGCGUAAGCUGUUCAGUAGAGCCCUUCUGAGAUUGCCACCAUGUAUGAUUGAGCUAUCGCCCAAAGUGACAGCAUGCUGGAGCGUUGAUUGGGCGCCCACAAUAUUCAGGUACCAGCCUCAUGCUGCUGUGCGUUAGUCUACGAGAGUUGAAGUUGUGGUGGUUUAGGACGGUGAGCGUUAUCCGAUGGAUGAGAGGGUCAAGAUGAAGGAAGGUGAGUCGGCACCGAGUCAGAUGAGGCCCCCUUUGACAAAAUGUGCUCGGUGUUCGUCAAAUUCCUCACUCAAUAUUCCUGUGGACUCGUAGCUCUUCCUCUCGUGGAUAACGUAAAGUAUUGCGAGCAUUCGAGGAGCAUGCGGAGUCAUCCCUCGCAGCACAUUCUCGCUUUAUGCCUACAGCUAUCAGAGCAGAAAGAGCUUCCGAAUCCGACACCCUCAGAUCACGGUAGGCCUCCCUGUGGCUUCGAUGAGAAUGAGUCGAUGCAGUUCAGUGGCGUUGCGACAAUUCAGCGUUUGCCGAACCUGCAAUGGGAUUUUCCCGGAUUGAGGGCGCACCAUUGUCACCAUUGUUCACCAUCGUCAGUCCGAUGAUUUGCCUCUCAACAAAUGCCCGCAAUAAUCUUCACAAGCAAAAAUUUCAGACAACUGUAUGACCAAACGAGUUCACAGUCGUUAUUAUGAGCUCUGACCACAGUCACACAGAUGGUCUGAACGACGAGGGAGUGAAGCAUCCUAAUCAUAACCAAAACCUUGUUCUCAGCCUCAAGGGCUAUCCGCCCAUUCACUCUGGAUCUUCGCAAACCUGAAGCAGAUACGCCGAGAAGACGAAAUCUAGAGGUUCAUCAAAGUGUCUGAAUUUGGCUCCGGCUCGUGAAGAGAUUCACGCUCGGCUUCGAUGCAAGUGGGGCAUUGACGAGGACGGGCGCCAACUUGGACAGGAUAUGAGCAGAAACACCAUCAAAUCUAGAAGCGUUGUCAAUCCGAGCCGACGCGUCUUUCGUCGCCCGGACAGUCCUCAGCCUCGAAAGCGCGGAGCACUGCACGCCUGCACUUUAAUCUGGCACCACAACGAGAAGCGGAUUCCCGGCCUCAGACACAGAGCUGAGUCACUCGUCAUGGCUCACGACGGCUCUGCCCCGCAGAGCCGUCGCAAGUGACACCCUGCGACGGCUGGAUAUUUUCGAGCCAUUAUGGCACUCCAUCUCAGGUCGCGACCUGGGGACGCACCAAUGAGGAGGGCAGAGCACGAGUGGAUUAGCAAGGACAAUGCUUGCGUACGCAAGCUUGGGGAACGAGACAAAGCCACUCUCGCAGGCCCUGGACCAGAUGGAAGCCAUCACCGAGCAAGGACUGCGGGUCAACCAACACACAGCAGCCGCAAGGUUGGCCAUACAUAGCAGACAACUCGACGCAGCCAUGGUACAGUACAGAAGGUACUAUGGACAGCUUUUCAGCUCACGGAUCUUUGGGUACAUGCAAAUAUGGUGAUCGCUUUCAGGGAGCCACCUGGUGGCAUCCGAGUUGCUCUCAAGACCCUGAGAGAGAUUCGGGAUGCAGCACGACUUCCAAGAGUAAAUUCGAUUCAUUUACUGAUUCACCGAUGUACCUUUCGUAUAUUCACGUCGUCGGAUUUCCCUCGACUAGAUUCAGAUAAAGUCAUCGAAUAUUCAUUCAUUCAGCUCGGGUUGAAUGAAUGAAUGAAUGAAUGAAUAAUGAACCGUAAAGGUGGAUGGUUGAAUCCACCUUUACGGUUCAGACUGCACUUCCCUCGCUGUCUGAACGCAAUGCAGACAGAGAUUAUUCUUUUUCACGUGGCAACCACGAGGCGAAGCUGGUAGUUAUUAUAUCUAUCAACAUUCGGAGCAAGCCAUGAACAUAUUUAAUUUUCCGCCAAUUGCAUUGGUCGGUUAGUGUGCUCGCAUAACUUUCCCGUUUCAUCUUUCCCCGAUCGGGGAUGGAAUUUUAGGGAUUGUUCAUCGUUUGGUAUAUGUGAUUUUGUAUUAUUUAAUACAGAAUGG